AUGUUUUUCCAUACAACUGUUGCUUAUCUGUCGGCGAGCGUGCUCUAUCUUGGAUCUGGGGCGGUAGCAAGAUCGACGCUCGAUGGAUUUAUCUCUUCGGAGACCCCCAUCGCCCUCCAAGGCGUUCUCGCUAAUAUCGGCGCAGAUGGUGCGCGUGCUGCUGGAGUAGAGUCCGGCAUCGUAGUAGCCAGUCCAUCCAAAGUGAAUCCAGACUAUUGGUACACCUGGACUCGAGAUUCGGCGUUGACAUUCAAGUUUCUUGUCGAAGAGGUCGCCGCUGGGAAUUUCUCCCUGCAUAGUCUGGUACAGGAGUACAUUUCUGCCCAGGCGGUUCUUCAAGGCGUGAGCAACCCUUCUGGAGACCUGUCCACCGGUGCUGGCCUCGGAGAGCCAAAGUUCAAUGUGAACGAGACGGCCUUUACGGGCCCAUGGGGCCGGCCGCAGCGUGACGGGCCUGCCCUCCGUGCAACCGCCCUUAUUGCCUAUGCGAACUGGUUGGUUGACCAUGGCGACACCGACGUUGCUGUCACACAUGUCUGGCCUGUAAUUCACAACGAUCUGUCGUACGUGGCGCAGUACUGGAACCGCACGGGCUACGAUCUGUGGGAGGAAGUCGACGGCUCGUCCUUCUUUACCGUUGCCGUCUCCCACCGCGCGCUCGUCGAAGGGGCAGCUCUAGCGACGCAGCUCAACCGGACCUGUGACGACUGUGGCUCUGUGGCGACGGCGAUUCUCUGCUUCCAGCAGUCAUUCUGGACGGGAGAGUUCAUCGACUCGAACAUCAAUCUCCAGACCAGCAUCAACCGGACUGGCAAGGAUGCGAACUCUCUGCUGGCCGCGAUCCACGUCUUCGACCCAGAUGUCAGUGGAUGCGAUGACUCGCUCUUCCAGCCUUGCUCUGCGCGCGCGCUCGCGAACCACAAGGAGGUUGUGGACUCGUUCCGGGGCGUGUACGCGCUCAACGAGGGCAUUGCCAAUACCUCCGCCGUGGCGGUCGGCCGGUACGCCGAAGACGUCUACUAUGACGGCAACCCGUGGUAUCUCUGCACCCUUGCCGCCGCAGAGCAACUGUACGACGCGCUCUACCAGUGGGACAAGCUCGGCUCGCUCAAUGUCACCGACGUGUCGUUGGGGUUCUUCCAGGUCUUUGACCCCUCCGUCAAGACGGGCACGUACACCUCUUCAUCAACGACUUACACUUCUCUCGCCGCCGCGAUCAGGGACUACGCGGACGGGUUCGUCUCGAUCGUGGAAAAGUACACGCCGAGUAACGGCGCGCUCUCCGAGCAGUUCUCCAAGAACAACGGUACACAGACCUCCGCCGUACAUCUUACCUGGUCGUACGUGUCCUUCCUGACGGCCACACGGCGGCGCAGCGGCGAUGUCCCGCCGAGCUGGGGCGCUUCCCAGUCGAAAGACGUGCCGACUUCAUGUGCAGCCACCACCGUUAAUGGGACUUAUGUGUCAGCUACGGUGACGUCGUGGCCUGCUAUUAACAACAGCACCAGCACGACGAAUGAAACUAGUACAGGAACCGGUACUUCUGGGUCUGCUACGUCGUCGUCGACCAAAAGCAAUACUGGCUCAGUAAUUAAUAUUAUUACAUGA